AUGCUUAGUCACAGUGUUCAAGGGGAGAUGCGGAACCCGCUAAAUUGUGGUGUCUGCAUUGCUCAGUCUCUAAAAAUCCCCCGUGAACCUAGACCAGGAGAAUUUGACAAGAUCAUCAAGCGCUUGAUGGAGACCCCAAAUGCUCGUGCAGUGAUCAUGUUUGCAAAUGAGGAUGAUAUCAGGAGAAUAUUAGAAGCAGCAAAGAAAACCAAUCAAACUGGACAUUUUCUUUGGAUAGGCUCAGACAGUUGGGGGUCUAAGAUUUCACCUGUUUACCAGCAAGAGGAGAUUGCAGAAGGCGCAGUCACCAUUUUGCCCAAAAGAGCUUCCAUCGAUGGUUUCGAUAGAUAUUUUAGGAGCCGAACUCUAGCAAAUAACAGAAGGAAUGUGUGGUUUGCAGAAUUCUGGGAAGAAAACUUUGGAUGCAAGUUGGGUUCCCAUGGAAAGAGGAACAGCAAUAUAAAGAAAUGUACAGGAUUGGAACGAAUUGCAAGGGACUCGUCCUACGAACAAGAAGGAAAGGUCCAGUUUGUCAUUGAUGCUGUUUACUCCAUGGCGUAUGCACUGCACAACAUGCAUAAAGAUAUUUGUCCUGGAUAUAUUGGCCUGUGUCCACGCAUGAGCACCGUCGAUGGCAAAGAGCUUCUUAGUUACAUUCGGGCGGUGAACUUCAAUGGCAGUGCUGGAACACCUGUUAUUUUCAAUGAGAAUGGAGAUGCACCUGGGCGCUAUGAUAUCUUUCAAUAUCAGCUAAACAACAGGACCGCAGAAUACAAAAUCAUUGGACACUGGACAAACCAGCUUCAUCUAAGUGUAGAAGACAUGCAGUGGGAUAACAGAGAGAGAACUCAUCCCACAUCGGUCUGUAGUUUGCCCUGCAAGCCGGGAGAAAGGAAGAAAAUGGUCAAGGGAGUGCCGUGCUGUUGGCAUUGCGAGCGCUGCGAAGGUUACCAUUACCAAGUGGAUGAGGUCACCUGUGAAAUGUGUGCAUUCGAUAAGAGGCCAAAUGCCAACCGCACCGACUGCCAGCCCAUCCCCAUCAUCAAGCUGGAGUGGCAUUCUCCAUGGGCUAUUGUGCCUGUCUUCAUAGCAAUCUUCGGGAUCAUCGCAACCACCUUUGUCAUCGUGACGUUUGUUCGCCACAACGACACGCCAAUUGUCCGGGCCUCGGGUCGCGAACUCAGCUACGUCCUCUUGACCGGGAUUUUCCUCUGUUACUCCAUCACUUUUUUAAUGAUUGCGAGUCCAGACACUGCCAUCUGCUCUUUGCGGCGGAUCUUCCUUGGGCUGGGCAUGUGCUUCAGUUACGCAGCUUUGCUCACCAAAACAAACCGAAUCCAUCGAAUAUUUGAGCAAGGGAAAAAAUCGGUCACCGCUCCAAAGUUCAUCAGCCCGGCUUCCCAGCUGGUGAUUACCUUCAGCCUCAUCUCCAUGCAGCUUCUUGGAGUCUUCAUCUGGUUUGGUGUUGAUCCUCCACAUAUCAUAGUGGACUAUGGAGAGCAGAGGACUCUGGAUCCGGAAAAUGCUCGUGGGGUUCUCAAAUGUGACAUCUCUGAUCUAUCUCUCAUUUGUUCCCUUGGAUACAGUAUUCUGUUAAUGGUAACAUGCACUGUUUAUGCCAUCAAAACAAGAGGCGUUCCAGAGACUUUCAAUGAAGCGAAACCAAUUGGAUUUACUAUGUACACCACCUGUAUCAUUUGGUUAGCUUUUAUUCCAAUCUUUUUUGGAACUGCACAGUCAGCAGAAAAGAUGUACAUCCAGACAACGACACUUACAAUAUCCAUGAGUUUAAGUGCUUCUGUGUCUCUAGGCAUGCUCUACAUGCCCAAGGUUUAUAUUAUCAUUUUUCACCCAGAGCAAAAUGUUCAGAAAAGGAAGAGGAGUUUCAAAGCUGUAGUCACAGCAGCCACAAUGCAAAGCAAGCUAAUCCAAAAGGGAAACGACAGACCAAAUGGCGAGGUCAAAACUGAACUUUGUGAAAGUCUUGAAACCAACACUUCCUCCAGCAAGACGACUUAUGUGAGCUACAGCAAUCAUGGAAACUGAGCGAGGAAACCAAACAUACCCGAAGACUUGCAGGAUGCGAACUUAAGAACAACGUUGACUAUAGCAUCAUGAGAACUCAGCCUCUGAGAUGUCUCUAGACCAUAGUCUAAAUCGUAAAAGGACAAAGACUAACCUUGAGCCCAAAGCAGGAGGGGCAUGUGGUUUGGGAGAGAAAUCACCCAGAAAUAUAUUAUAUGACUGUGUGUCAAAUGUCCAAACUGUUUACUCAUGAAAGAAGGUGAAUCACAAAAGGAAAACAAAAAUGUUAGCUUGUGAAAAAAAUGCUGUUGAAAUUAAAAAAAAAACAUGUCUGAUGUUCUACUUGUAAGUACUUUUUUGUGAUUGUGAGAAUUUCCAUUCCCGUUCCACACUUGUUCAACUUGUAUAAGAAGAUAAAGUUUGUUCCUUGUGAAGAUGGCUGACUGAAUUGAAGCCCUGCGUUGUGCUAAUGAUAAAUGCAAUGGUUGACGCAUGCAAAUUUUUAUACAAAAUAAUUUAUUUCUAUUAAUAAAGGAAUGUUUUGCAAAUGUUGA